GCCACGUCGCUCGUGACGUCACAACCCAGAAACACAACGAUGGCGGAUGCCAAUGCGGCGGUGGUGCUGGUGACGGUGUCACUGGUCUUGCUGGGUCUCGUGGCCGGUCUGAGCUGGUCGUGGGCGCUGCUGCCGGUCGGCGUGGUCGUGUUCAUUUUCGUCGUGGCGCGCGGCCUGAAGUCCCGCGACGAAUUCGGGCACCUGAACGUGUGCGUGCUCGUGCUCGGGGACGUGGGUCGCAGCCCGCGCAUGCAGUAUCACGCGCUGUCGCUGAGCAAACACGGCUACAACGUCACCUUCAUCGGCUUUCUGGGUAACAAACCUCAUCAAGAUGUUCUCGAGGACGACCGGAUCGAUAUCCUGCCUAUUUUGGAGCACAAAGGCCUCCCUGUUGGCCCAAAGAUCCUCAGGUAUAUCACCAAGGUGAUCUCGCAGUCCCUGCAGCUCCUUUACGUCUUAAUGAAGCUGGACGAUCAGGCGUUUAUUCUUCUACAGAAUCCUCCGGGACUGCCGAGCAUCGCCGUGACAUGGCUGGCGAGUCGAAUGAUAGGAGCUCAGUUCGUGAUCGACUGGCACAAUUACGGUUACUCCGUCAUGGCGCUCAGUCACGGAGAGAACCAUCCCAUCGUCAGGGUGGCCAAGUGGUAUGAGAAACUUUUCGGCCGUUUCGCCGAUCACCAUCUUUGCGUCACUGAUGCUAUGAGACGCGACCUUCAAAAGAAUUGGAACAUCCGUGCGUCCACUUUAUACGACAAGCCGCCUUCGAUAUUCCGAGAGACGCCUUUAAAUGUCCGCCACGAGCUCUUCAUCCGCAUGGCCAGCGCUUACCCGCAAUUCAGAGCACGUUCUGAAAACACGGAGAACACGGAGCUGACCGCGUUCACGCAACUGAACACUAAAACCGGGGAGGUGACAUUCGCUGAGGGACGACCCGCUCUUCUGAUCAGCAGCACCAGCUGGACCGAGGAUGAAGAUUUCUCGGUUCUUUUAAAGGCACUUGAAGAUUAUGAAAGUUUCGUAGAAGCAGGACAACAUCUCCCGUCACUCGUCUGCGCCAUCACUGGUAAAGGUCCUCAGAAAGAAUAUUAUGAGAAGAUCAUCAACGCUAAAGAGUUUCAGCACGUUAAGAUCUGCACUCCUUGGAUGGAAGCGGAGGAUUAUCCCCUUCUGCUGGGUUCGGCCGAUCUCGGCGUCUGCUUGCACAAGUCCUCGAGUGGUCUUGACCUUCCCAUGAAAGUGGUUGACAUGUUCGGGUGUUGUCUUCCGGUCUGCGCCAUACACUACCAGUGUCUGGAUGAGCUGGUGAAACACGAGGAGAACGGUCUGAUCUUCAGAGACUCGGCUGAACUCUCAGAGCAGCUGAAGCUGCUGUUCUCGGACUUUCCUAAUGUCCAGGGGAAGCUGAACGUCUUCCGGAGGAACCUCAGAGAGAGCGGAGAGCAGCGCUGGGACGAAAACUGGGACCAACACAUCCUGCCGCUGUUUAAGGAACACUGUGACUGAGCAGUAACCAGAGGAACGAUGAUAAUCUUUAAUAAUUUUAAUAAUAAUGAUAACAAUAACAAGCCGAGGAGGUCGUAGGAAUUCGUACAGGGUAAACAUCCAUUGUUUGUUUUGUUUUUUUUCCACCCCCGUGUCAUUCCAGCAAUUCCAUUGGACAAAACUUGAACAUGAAGCAAAAAGCACACUUUGUGUACAUACGUUGUAAAUAAGCACUUUAUUACAUUUUGAACUCUGUGA